AUGUCUUCGAAACAAAAAUCCUCCUUGCCUACAAAGCUGUUCACGUGUGACGUGUGUGGUAAGACCAGCAAAACCAGCACGAACCACAAGAUCCACAUGCGUAUUCAUACAGGGGAGAAACCCUACCACUGCAGGCAAUGUGUGUUAAGGAAGGAGGGCCAGUUUGACUGCCCCACGUGUGGCAAGGUGAUCUCAAGCAAACAGAACCUUGCCCUCCACAUGCGUGUACAUACUGGUGAGAAACCCUACGUCUGCAAUGUGUGCAAUAGACGCUUCACCCAGAAGAAUGCACAGACUCAGACUCUCGCCGAUGUUGGCACCAACUACACUUACCAGGAACUCUUGCAGUUGUCUCAAGGAAGCUCAGACUGCGUUGUUUGUGGCAAGACCUUUGCCAAUCGCUCUAACAUGACAAGACACUUGACACUCCAUACAGGAUCGCCUAUUGAGACUGACAACUCCUCCUCCGGUAAUGACGAGCUGCAGUGCAAGCUAUGUGGGAAGCACUUCUCCACGAGGCAGAGCCUGCAGCGGCACAGUGUGAUCCACACCGGGGAGAAACCCUUCUCCUGCCACAUCUGUCAGCGCAGGUUCAACCAGAAGUCAAACCUGAGGACACAUCUCGUUGUGCACAUGAAAAUAUAA